AUGUCGUCGAUCCCUCGACACACUCCAACGUCGAGUCUGGCCUCGACCAGUCGCGGCAAGGUCGCACCGACGAGCUCCGCUGAGCCGGAAGCAGCUCGAGUGUCGCUGUCGUCCAAGCAUCCGCCUAUCUCGCACGUGUUUCUCGCCGAAUUUGAUAUUGACCAGUGCGUCCGCGAUUUGUAUCCUAUACGCGUCAUGAUGCGAUUAACGCGAGUGCUGAUCGUCUUCCACCUCACUCGUCGCUGAACCCCGGUAUUUCGUUUGAACCGUGUUCCUCGUUGUUCACCGACUUCGCCUCGGGUUUCUACGUCUCCAUCCGCACCACCUCGCUACCGUAUAGAGGUUCAAUACUCAAACAUCAAUAUCCGGGUCAGAGCUCGAUCGAUGAGCAGUCAGUGGCGUCGCCUCGAGCCCCGAAAUCCUCCCGAGCUCAGAACUAACCUGUAGAUUGACUCGGGCCGAUUGGUGCUUCCACAGCCUUCUCGCAGAACACAUGCUGCCAGACGGAGCACAUGACCGGCAAGAGGAUUGGACCGUCUUCUAUCUCAACCAGAUACCGCCCUUGACCAUCUCUGAUUCGUCGACCCCCCCGACCUCGGAGACGGAUGCCAGAUCCACCUUGGGAGCUGCGGGAGCGAAUACGAGUGGCCAAAAGAGCGAGCUGUUGUAUGUCAUGAGUUUGGUCAGGACAAAGAAGGAUGCGACAGUGCGAAGGUCAGUUCAACAGUAAGCCCGAUUUUACCCUGAGGCGCCCUGCUGACGACCUCGCAAAUUCUGCCGACAGAGGAGCUCUCGUUAAAGCGCUCGCGGUGGCAUCGCAUCAUCCUUAUAUUCAGGUUUUCAAGGUGAGAUAGAACAUACGAGAAGUCGUACCGGUAUAUUUCUGACAAGAAUGCUCCAUAUACCUCAGCCGGUACUCUUACUCGCCCUCGAAGCCUAUUUCAUCGAACCCUCCUCAGCCUACCUGGCCCGUCUGUUCCAUUCGAUCAACUCGAUGGAUAUGUCGGACGUGCCCAGUCUGUCGUUCGAUGAGCGCUUGGUUUUGAGAGCCACUGAGCGCAAAGACUUUUUCGAGGAAAAGUGGAGUAGGAACUCGACUGCACAGAGGCAUCAGCAUUCUGCCAAUUCAAGCACCGACACAUCUUCGAUCCACGAUCACCAUCGCGAUUCUAGGGCUCCGCACCAUCAUCAGCAUAGCUCGAUCACACAUUCAACCUCGAUGGGGUCGCUGACGAGUGCCGAAGUGCUGGACGGCUCGGGUCCUUCGCCAUCGAUAUCCUCCAAUAGCAUUUCUUCGCUCGCCCUUGGCGCAAGAACACAUCCGCCAUCGUCCGCCGAUCACUCCUCGUCUUCGGCACCUUCCGCUGAUGGAUCACCUUACGCCCGGUCAAGGACCAACACAUUGGGGUCUUCAGAUGAUGGUUUCAAGGUCCCGUUCUUCGGUGGCUUGGCUCAUCUCAAUGGAGGUGGGGCGAGUUCGACGGCGACAAGCUUCAGCUAUGGUGCACAAGGCGACGGAAGUCGGUCGCUGACGCCGAGCGCAGCGGCAUCGAUGGCGGUGGCGAACGUCUCGCGCGAUACCCAUUGGUUUGAUAGCAAGAUCACAUUUAACUCGAUGACAAUCCCGAUACGGAUACCCCUCUCAACGUUCCCGGAGGAGAUUGGCGACGUAAGCCACUAAUCAUCAUCACUUACCUCUUGCUCGUGACGUGACUGACCGCGUUCGCCCUAGCAGUACUCUCUGAUCAAACUCAUCCAAACGUUCUCAUCACCGACGUCACUAACACCCGGCCCGCUGCACCCGCACCUCCACACCUCCGGAUCAGCGACACCACCGAUCAUCGUCCUCUUCAACGCGCUCGUCACGAACAAGCGGGUCGUCUUCCUGGGCCACGGGCACGCCGCCAGCCUGGUGGCGAACCUGGUCCUCGCCGCUUGUGCGCUUGCAAGUGGCUGCGGCGCUGUUCUUGGCGGCUUCGUCGAGCGAGCUUUUCCAUACACCAACCUGACCAACUUGGACAAUCUCGAGAAUGUGUGAGUCUUGAUCUUUGACUUCCUCUGUUGUGGAGGUUGACUAGCUGACGACCUCAGCCUAUACUCUCGAUAGACCUGGUUUCAUCGCCGGAGUCUGCAACCCCGCAUUUGCGGAUCGACCGUCAUGGUGGGACGUGUUGUGCAACUACGAAACGGGCAAGAUCGUCAUCUCCAAAGAGAUCCGUCCGGCAGCACCGAUGCGAACACACGCCACCGGGGCGACUGGUCGGACAGCCACCGCAUCCACUUUGGUAUCAGCAAUCUCGUCUGAGUUGACGGGGACGAAUGGCGACGACGGAGAAGGAAGAACACCGAGUCUGGCGUCCGCUCCGCUCGGGUCCGCGGUCGGUGCAGCGGGUGGUGUGGCGGCGGGGUCGACUUCUGUAGGGCGUGUGCAAUCGUACGACUACGAUUUCAUGGAUGAGGUGAGUCCAUGUUUCCGGCUUGGGCACGAUCAUAUGGAGGUACUGACGCACCGGAACCGAGCGCUCACAGAUCUUGUCGUCGAUUGCGAGUCACCACGGCGAAGCCGCCAUUCGGGCACGCUGCACGGACUAUGUGCAACGCUUUGUGCGUAUCGCUUCUCGCUACGAAGAAGAUGUCACGGGCUCGACUUCUAUAGGCUACCCCUAUGCGCCAUUCACUCCCGGACCUGUUUCGGUACUGGGCAGUGGGGUGUUCUUCCCUGAUGAGACGAUGACGACGAGAGAAAUGUCGAUCAAUGCCGGUCGGGUCGAGGGGUGGAGUUCGACGAAUGGGUACACCUUGUUCAAGCAGGUCAGCUCUUUUCUACUCUUCUCGGGCUGAUCUAUCUUGCGCUCUGCGCUAAGUCAGUGGAUUUCCCCCGCUCCCUAGUCGUUCGCCUUGGACUGUGAGCGACCGAUGCGACAAAUCGACCUGUCGCACCAGCUUGCACGAUUGCGAUACUCUCGACGAAUGCCGAGCACCGAAGUUGCAGCCAUCAUGCGGAGCCUAGCUGAGCUCUGCCGGACCUCCGAGGAUGCAGUGGUAGCAGUGAGUGCUGGUGUUCAGGCGCCUGCUAACGGACAGCACGGACAGCACGGACAGCACGGACAGCACGGACGAAGACAACUGAAAGGUGUUGCCGCGCCGACUUGUCUCCAGCUGCUUGCACGCCUCCCAGCACACAUGGGAGGACUCUUGCCACUUGCAUUCGGUCUUUUCCACCCAUCGACGACCGUUCGAUCUUACACUGUCAGCUUGUUUGACCAGAUCAACGCGAAUCCGGUAAGUACCAAGUAUUCCUCGUGAUGCUUUUCAAGUUGGCCUUUCAGGGUGCUCAGUCAGGAUCGCUGUACUUCACCACAGACGGGCCAGAAAUUCAUCCAAGCGCUCAACGCCUUCCAUCGUUCAGCUUACCAUCGCCUCUGCAAGGAGAACGAGGUAGAUCGAGUCGCAGGCAAGCUAAACGACACGUUGGAGGCGGGAACCAGUCCGGCUGCACAGAGUCAGAGUCAGCUCAAUGGGCGGAGAGGGAGUCAGAUGCAAUGA